CGCGUUUUCCUCAAAGCGUCGCCGCCGCUCGGAACAAGACGUCAAACUGAGGCGCCGCGCGAUAACGGCUCCCGGAAUAACGGGUAUCGCGCGCGUGUGGGUGGCCGCGGCUCUCGGCGGAGCCAAGCAAUGGAGAUCGCUACCUGCAGCAUGACGCUUCGUUUAUGCGUUGUUGCCUGGGUGGACGGGCGCACCCCGCGGUGGUGGUCGUGCGUAGCCGGGAGCUGCCAGGCGUAGCCGCAGGCGCACUGCCUCUCAUGGCCUCUCGGGCGUCGCGGAGCGCAGAGGGCGCUGCGGACGCCAAGGACGCUAGAGAGGACUCCGAACGACGGCGGCGGCUGGUGGUGGUGGUGCAGCGACAGCGGGAGCAGCGGUGGGCGGCCGUCAUGUUCGGCGUCGGCGAGCCCCCGCUCGUCUGUCAGGAGGCAGUGUUCACUCGGGACCGCGGUCCGCGGGCAUUCCUGCACCCGUUCAGCCCGUACGGCCGCGCCGUGCUGCGCGUCACCCAGCACAGCCAGCCGCCUGAGCUGCGGCCAGGUCCUCCCCAGAAGCAGGCUCGGCCUGAGGAUGGUGUCGAUGGGGCUGACCAGGGGGGUCUCUCCACCCGUGGCAGUACACCGCCCCGCAAAGCACCCCCACUGCGGCGCCUUGACGAUGAGGCUCUCAAACGGUCACGACUGCACUCCAACCAGUAUGAGUUGUCGCAGGACCUUCUGGACAAGCAGGUUGAGAUGUUGGAGCGCAAAUAUGGGGGCGUGCGGGCACGCACGGCGGCACUGACCAUCCAGCGAGCCUUCCGCAGCCACUGCAUGCAGAAGCGCUUCCUGGACUUGGCCAGUGCAUCCAAGGGCGAACGUAGACUUUCGCGGCGCAUCCAUGCACUGGACCUGCUCGCCCCCUCCGGUGCCAGUCCACCGUCCUCCGAGGGUGCCCUGCCAUGGCCUGCCCACCAUCGCACGCCCACUAAAGGGGCCUUGGCCGAAGCGGCAGCGGCGGCUGCAGCUGCCAGCAGGCGGGUGCCCCCGCAGGUGCCCCGGCGAUCUUCCUCCAUUCCUGGCACCACCACCACAACUGCUGCCAGCUCAAAGGAAAGCUGGAAGCAUAGCAGCACGGCUUCGACAACCCAGGCAGCAGUGGCAACAGCCCCGGCAAAUGGUAGUGGCCAGCCUACGUUGCCCUCGACUCGGCCGGAGGACAAGCGGCUUAGCAACAUUUCGGAAAACAGUGAAGACAGUGUGGACUGCCCGGCCUACUCAUGUUCACCACCAGCCUCUGACGUGCUUUUGCUCUACCCACAUCAGGGUCCAGGUAGUCCCAAGGACUCCUUGGGCUCUAAGGGGAGCGAGGCGCAGCGCAAGCGCCAGUACCGGGUGGGGCUGAACCUGUUCAAUAAGCGGCCUGAGAAGGGCAUCCGUUAUCUGGUGGAGCGUGGCUUCCUGGACCCCUGCCCUCGAGCUGUAGCCAGAUUCCUCAUCUCGCGCAAGGGCCUGAGCAAGAUGCGCAUUGGCGAGUACCUGGGGGACCUGCAGGGUCAGUUCAAUGCCCGUGUGCUCGAGUGCUUUGUCGAAGAGCUGGACUUCGCCGGAAUGCAGGUGGACCUGGCCCUCCGGCGUUUCCAGAGCCACUUCCUGUUACCAGGGGAGGCCCAGAAGAUUGAGCGGCUAGUCGAGGUGUUCAGCCAGCGGUACGCACGCUGCAACCCGGAUGUUGUGGCCAAGCUGGCCAGUCCCGAUACUCUCUUUGUCCUGGCUUUCUCAGUGGUGCUACUGAACACUGACUUGCACACGCCCUCGGUGAAAGCCGACAAGCGAAUGAAGCUGGAAGACUACGUCCGUAACCUGCGAGGGGUGGAUGAAGGCCGGGACCUGGACCGGGACAUGCUGACGGGCAUCUAUGAGCGCAUCAAGGUGCACCCAUUCCGGCCUGGUUCUGAUCAUGUCAGCCAGGUGCUCAAAGUGCAGCAAUCCAUUGUUGGAAAGCGACCGAACUUGGCUCUUGCCCAUCGUCGUCUGGUGUGCUACUGUCGUCUCUACGAGGUCUAUGAUGUUCACAAGAAAGAGCGCCCCGGUGUUCAUCAGCGCGAAGUUUUUCUCUUCAAUGACCUUCUGCUGGUGACUAAAAUAUUCAGCAAGAAGAAAAACAGUGUCCAGUAUGCCUUCCGACAGUCACUGCCCCUGUGCGGCAUGAACGUGGCCCUUUUCGAGGCACCCUAUUACCCUCAUGGGAUCAGCCUGACCCAGCGAGUGGACGACAGGGCAUUGAUGACCCUGAAUGCUCGGAAUGAGCAUGACCGGUGCAAGUUUGUUGACGACCUGAGGGAGUCCAUUCUUGAGAUGGAUGAGAUGGAGAGCCUGCGCAUUGAAGGGGAACUGGAGAAGCAGCAGGCAUUGCGCAGCCCCUGGGACCAGCGGGACUCUGGGCUCGCCGACAUGGAGGCCACGGGGGAGGGAAAUGGAGGCGGCAGCACUUUACUGGCCCAGAGCCCAUGCCUCAAGCGUUCAGCCCUCUCCAACUCCCUACUUGACUUGCACGACCAGCAGACAGCGGCACGCCCAGUUCGUCGAGGCAGCGCGGGUUCUCUGGACAGUGGCAUGUCCGUCUCCUUCCAGUCCUCGGCGGCCAGUUCGGUGAGCCGGGAGUCGUCACCCCACACGGUCCAGCAUCCGGAUGGUGCAGCAGCAGCAGCAGCCACCAGCCUGGGCGACGGGACCCGGCACGGCUUCCUGGGGAACCUGUUUGGCAAGCGUGGUCGCCACAUGGCAGUUACCACCACCACCACUACACCCCAAGCGGCAGCUGUGGUGACCUCAGAAGUGCCAGCAACGACAGAACCACCAGGAUAGGUGGUGGGUUACACACCUGCCCGCCUUAACCCCCAGUGUAUAUACGCGAUAGGCCAUUUUAUUUUGCAAAUUGACUCUCAAUCUGCCUCUCCUUUAUGUACAGCAGAAGAUUCGCAUUUUAAUAUAUAUAUAUAUAUCACACACCCUUCCCUGCUCCCUUGCCCCUUUUGUAUGAGAACUUUCCUGCUCUUAUAGCAUACCUUCCCCUCCCCACCCCAACCUCACAAUAAAGGCCCCACUCCUCUUGCUCAGUCUGCACAAGCGUGGUGCAGGUGGCCUGCUUUGGGUGUUGCCAGUGUGGCCCUGUGGCCACAGUCAUGGCCUGUCCAUCAAAGGAGAGAGCAGACAGCCGAAUGGUGCCUAUGUCAUAGUGGCACCCAUGGCCUUGUGCAGAGGAGCUUUCUUCCGCCACCGCGUUUAUUGUGUUGGUGCCAUCAUGAUGGCACCUGUGCCUGUUGAGAGGCUGUAUGCUGGUGCUGUAACUGUGCAUGUCAGCAUGUGUACAUAAAAGAAGAAAAACAAAGUGUGUACUAUGCAGCAGAGUGCAAGUCUCCCUUGUGGUAUAAUUGAAAGCUGCACAUUUUCCCUGAGCACAGAAGCAGUCGAACAAAUUGUGUGGACUGUCCACAGUAUUAAGACCACAUUGCAUGCUUCUAGGAAGUGGCACAUUUGUGAAUGUUAGUGGCACAAAUCUGGCACACACGAAUUUGCUUAUUCUGUUAUUCUAUAAAGAAAUCUGCUUAGAGGGCUUUACUGGCGUUCAUAAAGCGCCGAGAAAUUGAACUGCUGAGCUUGUAUACGAAAGGGUGGGUGAACAUACUUCGUGCAGUUUGCCACUUUCUUCUAGAUAUCUCGAACAUUCUUAUUAACUUGUGUGAUGCUGGAAACUUGCCUUCUUGGCAUACACCAAAAUACGUUUAAUGUGCUGCUACAUGCAAGAAGUUGUCUAGUGAGUGUUCAGAAUAUUUUAAACGUGCAAGUAUUGAUACUUCAUCCUAACGUAUGCUACGAAGAGUAUGUGAAUACCGUGUGACAAUAUUGUAUAUGGAGUCUGCAGGAUUUGCUUCCAGUCAGUGCAUGCAAACAGCCCAUUUUGGGCUAAAUGUUUGUAAAUGUUUCACAUCUUGAUAUGUGUGCACAUAAAGAAGCUCACCAAUGCAUA